UUCAAUGUUACCGCCAGUAAUAGAUUUCAAGAUACGUCGCUUGAAUUUAUUUCGAAAUUUUCGACUUAUAUAAGUGGAAUCAAGAUCCGUGAUGAAGAUCGGCAAAAAAUUCCAGCAAAGUAUAUUUGUACUUACUUUCACCUCCUUCUUGUCGGUCCAAUGCGGACCUUCUGUGAGAAACACGGUGAGAAUUGCUGAUCUCGAAGCGCAACGUGUGCGUACACAAGGGUCAAAUCAAACCAUACACAGCUACAAUAGUGUAACUGUCGGGCCAGAAUUGAGAGAUCAUUCUUUCUCUAUACAACGGUUUUGCGAGCGAUUACAUCGAACCGAAACAUCACUUGCGCGAAACACGAUGAGAAUUGCAGAUCUAGAGGCGCAGAGUGGUGCACGUGCACUGGGGUCAAAUCAGGCCAUCAUCGAGAGUCGUGGUGGUAACGAUAGUAACCCUCAGAUGUCCUCAGAGAUUUCCUUGAUGCGUGACAGAAUCUCGACUCUCGAACGGCAAAUACGAGAUAAUUCCUCAACUGUACUACGAUUUCGUGAGCGCUUAGAUCAAAAUGACGAAUCACUCGCGAGAAACACGAUGAGAGUUGCAGAUCUCGAAGCGCAACGGGGCUCGCGUGCACUGGCAUCUAAUCAGGCCAUACACAGCUACAAUGGUACAUUACUUUGGAAAAUAGACAAUUUCAAUAGAAAGACACAGGAGGCCACUUAUGGUAUCAAAACAGCCUUGUACAGUCCACCAUUCUACAGUUCUCAAAAUGGUUACAAGAUGUGUGCUAAGAUCUACAUGAAUGGUGAUGGUUUUGGUCGUGGAAAGGAAACUCAUUUAUCCUUGUUCUUUGUCGUCAUGAAAGGUGAUUACGAUGCACUACAAACAUGGCCAUUUCAAAAAAAGAUCACAAUGAUGUUAAUGGAUCAAGGAAAUGGUGAUCACAUGAUUAAUGCUUUUCAUUCAGAUCCUCAAAGUUCCUCAUUUCAGCGACCAAAGUCAGAUAUGAAUAUCGCUUAUAGAUCACCUCUCUUCAUGCCAUUGGAAAGUUUAAAUAAUCGUCAGUAUAUUAAAGAUGACACUCUGUUUAUCAAGCUCAUCGUUGACUAAACAGGUCGAAAAUUUGAAGCUUGUUACAGCUAAACCUGUAUUAAGUGGGCACCUGGUGGAACAGAUUGAUGUCCGCUCAAUAGAGUCCGCUUGAUAGAGGUCUCAUUGUUACAAACUAGUUAUACAAGAGAUCAAAAUUCUGACAUGCAUAAUACCACGUACAUUAAGUAUUCUUCCAUUUAUUCAAAGGAAAAUUUAAGUUACUUCCUAUACACUUAGUAUACACUUCCUAUAUUAGUUUUGUUCCAAAUAUCUUCACAGUUAAAGGAACCAAUAACCAAUAAAAUUAUACUAAAUUUAUUAUUACAUAUAACUCUAUGUAUUUGUACAAUACAAUCAAAGAAAAGAGGCAAUUGCAUAUUUUUCUGUUAUAAUCUCUAAA